AUGUGGAAACAGAGCAUUUUGAUUUUGCUUCAAUACUUAAAUCUCGCAUAUGUAUUUUGUGAUGGAACGUAUGAAUGUGGAGAACACGGCAGAUUUGAAUACUGUAUUGACGAAAUUCCUGGCUGUGUAAUCGGUUGCCACUGCCAUCCAGGAUACUACUUUGAUAGCGAUACUAAAAUAUGUGAACCAAACUCUAAGUUAAUUGAGCAUCAUAGGCGUCAUUAUGUAGUCGAACCUACUCGAAGCCAUAUUAUGACUCCAAGUCAAAACUUCGUAACAAGCCCGGUUGCUACUACAAGUAAAAUUGACGGCGCAAUUGAUGAAAUAAGCAAAGACACUGAAGAUUUAGGGGACUGGAUUUAUAACCAGUUCUUCAAAACAAUAGAGAAUCAAGUUAUAAAUAGCACAAAUAAUCAAAAUACGUUGACAAGGCGGAGUGCUUCAGCAAAAUCAAUAAAAACACCAAAAAGAAGAAAAAAGACAAAAAAACGUAGAAAAAGCAAACACAAAGUAAAGGAACAAAAACUUACGGCGAUGAUAGAAAAUGACAGCGUAUUCGAUAUAUCUUCUAAUUCCAAGUCAGAGUCUAGUGACUCUACGAGUAGCUCGAGCGAUUCCUCGUUAGAAUACGAAAGAUAUUAUAAACGUCACGAUGAUGACGAUGAACAUGGACAUAAGAAGAUCGUUAUGAUUAAAAAGAAACCAAAGCAGAACUUACCUAACUUUAUUUUCCUACCGAAUUUAGAGACACCAUUCUAUCCUCCAGUGGGUUUACCUCCACCACCAAUUCCUAUGUAUCCGAUGGUACCCGUACCCCCUAUGGUACCAUUUUUUCAUGUUGAAGAAAUAGAAACAACAGCCGCACCUGAUAAAACUACAACAGUCUCUACAACGACUGAAGAAACUCCACCAGAGAUCAAUAUAUUAACUGAACCGCCUGAACAAAAAGCACCGUAA